AUGGCUAAGCUGAAAAACGGAGACAACAAAAGACCUCCACCGUCGAAAGCAGCAGCACCGGCCAGUGAAAUUGCCAAGAAGCAUCUCAUAGUGGCACUCACUGACCGUAGUGAACAGUUGGGGCGAAUGUCGCAGGAACGGUGGAAGGUAGUGGAAAUGAAGCUACUGGAAACCCUAUUAACGAAAUUGGACGCAGAACCAAACGCACCCAUGCCAGCAUUUGACGGAGCAGAGUGGUUCAGCGGCGUCAAAAUUAUAAAAUGUAAGGAUGACCCCAUGCUCACAUGGCUAAAGGAAGCAGUAAAAACGCUUCAAGGCCUGUGGGAGGGGGCAUCACUUGAAAUUGUUGAUCGCAGCUGCCGCGAGUGGUAA